AGGUUGAUAAUCAUAAUAAUGAUUUAUGAAACUAUUUGCCUCUCUCUCUCUCUCUCCUCCUCCAUGAAAUGUGCUGCUUCUUUCCCUUUAAGACUCCUUAGACUACUCUCUCAAUAAUUCUUUUAAGUCCCUUUGAGAUCUCAGGGAUUCAUUCACCUCACCUCAACACCACCGGCUUUUCAGGGGUUCAUUCAUCAACACCACCGCCAUGUGGAUUUAUCAAGGCUUCACCUCUAGAGGGGGAGCCAUGGCUGCUCUUUUGCUGCUGCUUCUACCAGUGUUCUUUCCCACCCUUUUCACUACUUUCAUCUCUGCUUCACCUUCCAUUCUCUCGGAAUCGAUUAUAGCAAAACCUAGGCACUCGAGCCUUUUCAAAAGUGCUCUGCAACGUGAAACUACCCCUGAAGAAAAAGCUGAAAUAUGGACGCCCUUGGCCAACCAAGGAUGGAAACCCGUUACUGAUUCGGGCCUUUUCUCCACAGAGUUAUCUGGUAAAUCAGAGGGAUACCUUCAGGUGUUCCUUGAUGGAGGAUUGAAUCAACAGAGAAUGGGGAUAUGCGAUGCAGUUGCUGUUGCGAAAAUUCUGAACGCUACGCUUGUGAUCCCUUAUUUGGAAGUAAAUCCAGUUUGGCAAGAUUCAAGCUCCUUCAUGGAUAUCUUUGAUGUGGAUCAUUUCAUCGAUGUUUUGAAAGAUGAUAUCUCUAUAGUAAAGGAGUUGCCUGAUGAGUUUUCGUGGAGCACAAGGGAGUAUUAUUCCACCGCUAUUCGACCGACUAGAAUCAAGACAGCACCGGUUCAUGCUUCUGCAAACUGGUACUCGGAGAACGUGUCACCUGUCCUUCGCAGUUAUGGAAUCGCAGCCAUUGCACCGUUUUCUCACCGCUUGGCAUUUGACAACAUGCCCAAGGAUAUCCAGCAUCUACGCUGCAAAGUCAACUUUCGGGCAUUAGUUUUUGUCCCGCAUAUCCGAGCCCUUGGAGAUGCUCUUAUUCAUCGCCUCAGAUAUCCUGCUAGCAAAGACGAAGGGGAUGGUGAAAACUACCCGGAAGAGACUAAUGGGCCUCAGAAGUUUGUGGCUGUUCACCUCCGCUUUGAUAAGGAUAUGGCUGCCCAUUCGGCUUGUGAUUUCGGUGGGGGUAAGGCUGAGAAACUCUCGCUAGCAAAGUACAGACAGAUAUAUUGGCAGGGAAGAGUCCUGAACUCUCAAUUCACCGACGAGGAGUUGAGGAGUCAGGGGCGGUGCCCACUGACCCCCGAAGAAGUUGGAUUGUUGCUGGCAGCUUUAGGGUUUGGCAACAACACCCGCUUAUAUCUUGCUUCCCACAAGGUUUACGGUGGCGCAGCCCGGAUCGCAGCCUUGAGACGAUUGUUUCCACUGAUGGAGAACAAGAAGAGCCUCGCCUCUUCAGAGGAAAGAGGUGAAAUUAAAGGAAAGGCUUCCUUACUAGCUGCAGUUGAUUACUAUGUCGGCAUGCACAGCGAUAUUUUCAUCUCUGCAUCACCCGGAAAUAUGCACAACGCAAUGGUGGGGCAUCGAACAUACCAUAACCUGAAGACCAUAAGGCCCAACAUGCAACUCCUAGGCCAACUCUUCCUCAACAAAAAUCUAACCUGGCCAGAGUUCCAAGACGCCGUGAUCGAAGGGCACGCGAACCGACAAGGCGAGAUCCGGCUCCGCAAACCCGCUAAAUCUCUGUACACAUAUCCUGCCCCUGAUUGCAUGUGCAAUGCUUGAAUUUGGUGAUUUGUGGGGUUAUGGCCUUGCUGCACCAGAUAGUUUAUAUAUGUGAGAUUGGAAACAAUUGUUUGUGCAUUGUAUUAGUUGGAAAUAAAAAGCCACCCCCACCCCCCCAUCUUUGUUCAUCUAUAUAGGAAUAUAUAUAUCACUUGAUAAUUUAAGUUUUGGGGGUGGAAGAUGUGUACCAUGCUUAGGUUUAUAAGUUUAUUGCUGUCAUGACAUAUAUACACAACUAUUUCAUGAAUACAGAGCUUUGUAGAUUUAAAUAUUUAA